CCCUGUCCUCGGCUGCAGUGGAGGCUCCUGGCCACCUCGCUAGGGAUCAGCUCACUCGCACAAUCCAGCCAUGCAGGUGUAGCCCAUGGGGACUUGGCCAUCGCUGGGAAGAGUUAAGAAGCACCAAGAAAUUGGACAACCAUGGGCAAGGCGCGCCGACCCCUGGUUGGCCCGCACAGACACUGUGAGGGAUGCUUCCACCGCCAUUGCCACGUGCCUGUGCAGGCCAGCGUCUCCUGCCCGGUGAUGAGCUGCCCCCUGCUCUGCGGGGCCACGUUCCACACGUGCAAAGAGGCCGAGCACCAGCUCCUCUGCCCUCUGGAGCAGGUACCCUGCCUCAACUCCGAAUACGGCUGCCCGCUGUCCAUGUCCCGCCGCAAGCUGGCCAUGCACCUGCAGGGCUGUCCGGCCAGUGUGGUCUCCUGCUCCAUGGAGUGGAACCGCUGGCCCACUGUGGACUCGGAGACGCCCCUCCACGAGAACAUUAUGAAAGAGGUCCCCAGCGAGGAGUGUUUAGACACCGCCUUGGCCCUCCAGGACCAGAAGGACCUUUUCAGGUCCUUAAAAAUGGUGGAACUUUUCCCAGAAACGAGAGAGGCCACGGAGGAGGAACCAGCCCUGACUGGGGAGGCCUCGUGCGAAGUGGCGGGGGGAGCGGCUCCCCGUGUGGCCUCGCUGGGCCCUCGGUGCCUGCCCGACGGCAAGACGGCAGAGCUGAGUCAAGAAGAACGAGAGGCGCUAGCCAAGACCAAAGAAGGGAUGGAUCUGGCCCAGUUUGACAAGUGGGAAACUGUGUUUAGCAAAGAGCAUGCUGCCUCCGCCUUGACCAGCUCACCUGCCAACCGUGAGAGCAAGGGCAGGGGCGCAGCAGGGCAAGGCCAGCUGCCCCACAGCCGCCACGAGGUGGAAGGCGAGGGCCCGACCCAAGGGAGAGAACCACUGGGAAACCAGAAGCAGCCCGACUUCCACGCAGCCAUGGAGACCACGGGGCUUGCCCCUUGGCAGGAUGGUGUUCUGGAAAGAUUAAAAACUGCUGUGGAUGCCAAGGACUAUAAUAUGUAUCUGGUGCACAACGGGCGGAUGCUGAUCCACUUUGGUCAGAUGCCGGCGUGUACGCCUAAGGAGAGAGACUUUGUUUAUGGCAACCUGGAGGCGCAGGAAGUUAAGACGGUGCACACCUUCAAAGUCCCGGUGAGCUACUGCGGGAAGCGGGCCCAAGUUGGCGAUGCCAUGCUGAGCUGCAGGCCCAGUGAGCACAAGGCCGUGGACACUUCGGAUCUGGGGCUCACGGUGGAGGAACUGCCCAAAUCUGAUCUCAUCAAGACCACCCUUCAGUGCGCUUUGGAAAGAGAACUCAAAGGCCACGUCAUCUCCGAGUCCAGGAGCAUUGACGGGCUGUUCGUGGAUUUCGCCACCCAGACCUACAACUUUGAGGCCCAACAGUUUUCCCCGGGGACGGUGCUGGGGGACCUGACUGCUGCCAGUCCCGGGGGCCUCCACGUGGAGCUCUACAGCGAGUGUGUGACCAGGAGACACAACAAGAGCAGCUCUGCCUUCACGUUCACCUGCAAUAAAUUCUUCAGGAGGGAUGAAUUCCCCCUCCACUUCAAGAACGUCCACACAGACAUUCAGUCGGGUCUCAACGGCUGGUUCCAGCACCGAUGCCCCCUGGCCUAUUUGGGAUGUACGUUUGUUCAAAACCAUUUCCGCCCCCCAGGGCAAAAGGCCAAAGUGAUCUAUAGUCAGGAGCUCAAGACCUUUGCCAUCAAGCCGGAAGUUGCUCCAGAGCUGAGUGAGGGAACGAAGAACCACGGUCCCUCGGACCCUGGAAGGCAAAGCCAGAAUUCUCUAAGCAGCCUGCCGCUGGAGAUUUUGCAGUACAUCGCCGGGUUCUUGGACAGCAUCAGUCUGUCCCAGCUCUCCCGGGUGUCUGUGCUGAUGAGGAACAUCUGUGCCACUUUGUUACAAGAGAGAGGGAUGGUCCUCCUGCAGUGGAAGAAGAAGAGGUAUUCCCACGGCGGCACCUCCUGGAGAGUCCACCAAGAGAUCUGGCAGUUCAGCAGCCUGUUCUCCAAAAUCGAGAGCUGGGAGUUUAAUGACGUCACCUCUAUGUCUGAGCACCUGAAGGCCUGUCCUUUCAACGUCGUAGAGCACAAAACUGACCCCAUUCUUUUGACCAGCAUGCGUGAGACCCCUGAGCAGGCCCAAGAGAGCUUAGUCACCACCUUUAGACCCAGACCAUGAGGAAGACAAACCCAAAGAUUCUCCAUGAUUCGUGGAGGCUCCCUUAGAGUUCCUGAAAGUUUGGGCGGAGUAAGCUUCUGAGACAGGGUUAUGAGCAUCUCUGGGUGCAUUGAACUAGUAAUGUCCUCCACGACCUGGGUGGUUGCACAAAGUUGCCAUGGCUUGUAGAAUUGUUGGAGGGCUCUAUUCAUCACUUUGUUCCUUUCCUUUUGUUUUAGAAAAUAAUUCAAACUGAGGGGGAAUAAAACAGGUAGCUUUUAGGCCACUUGAAAGAUGCGAGAGAGCAAUGAAAUUCCUUAAGCAGCACAAGCCUGAGCCUUUACAAAGAGUUUUGCUCCUGUUUUCUGCUUGCAAAGUACCUUCAACCCCAUGAGGCAGGCCACGCAAGGCACCCAAGGUGAAGGGCUCAGUCGGAAGGGUCUGGGUUUGGGUCUGUUUAAUAGUUAGGUCCAGAGCUGCUCUUCUCUUCCUACUGCCUUUAAGCCCAGUGGGUCUCCACAUAGCUCAACAGAGAGGUGUCUCCCAGCGGAGCACAAGGGCCCUUCCAAAGGACACCACAGGUCAAAGGAAGAAAGACCGGUGAAGUCACAGGGUGCGUUGGACAGGAUCUUAGGCAAAAUCUUAUCUCACACAAUUAUGCACCGUGGUUUUGAUGUUACUAAAAUGACUUUUAUAUAUACGAUGGUUUUAAGUUGGGAACCAGAUGGAGCUGAUGUAUUGGUAUGGCUUUAUCUCCUAGGAUCACGUGCCAAGAACCCCCACCUCUGUUUCAGCUCUUUCCAGGUAGAACUGAAGGAAAGGAAGUUUGAGUUAUUUGUUUUAACUUUAUAUCCAUCUCACCUUAAUUGAUACCGUUAACCCAGCACUCUUAGCAAUCUUCAACGAUAUAACAAUUAGGGGGCAGGGAGAAGAAACAUUGAGGUAAGCAGAGAACCAAGAACUUAGCCAACAAGAGGGGGAGUCUGGUUAAUUGGGGUGGACAUGGUUGGAAUCUGGUAUUGACUACACAGGUCAUACCACCGAGAGGUCAAGAAGGCAUUAGAGUAAAUCCCAGAAUAGAAAUAUGCUUAUUGUUUCAUUUUCAUAUGCCACUUGGCACUCCUUGAUAAUGUAAUUCUAUUUUUUUUUUCUUAUUCCCAUUGUUUGGUUUAUAUUUCACACGUGUGAAAUUAGAAGACACCAUUUUCUAAAACUAGAGUGAGAGUAGGAUCUGAGACCUAUGAUGGCUUCUUCUUGAAAAUGAGUCAUUGGAAAGAGGACUGAAGCAGGAAAGAAGGAAGAGACUUCUGGUGUCUAUCCCAGGUUAACCGAGAGCUCCCUUAGCAAGCCCCUGGCCUUGACUCUGGGGCCAAUGGUGAUGGUAAGCAGGGCUGCUCUUAGAGGACCGGGAAGCAAAGAGCUACGUGAAGGAAGCAACUGGUGGUUAGUGGUUGUACAAGUCGAUGGCAUGUAAUGGUGAGAGGAGAGGGAAGCCUGGUAGAGGGACUGUGGCUUCGACAGAAGGUGAUUUUCUUAGCUGCCCCUGUAGUGAGCAACAAGAACAUGGGGAGUAUUCGCUGACAGAGUAAAGUCAGCGAGACCCAGUUUGGGAGUAGGCAGCAGCUCAGGGAGCUGAAGGGGACCAUCCACCCAAGAAUGGGAGCCUGGGAGAAGUCUGUGAGCAAAGCCCUCGAUGAGCAUCCCCAUCAAGAAUAUCUGCCAAACGUCAGGGAGAAAGAGGUCUGCAGAGCUGAGGCAGACAACUCUUGCUGUAUUCAUAGCAUAGGAGGUUGAUGUGUGGUGUGUGUGUGUGUGUGUGUGUGUGUGUGUGU